GUCAGACGCAAGAAGCACAACAGAAACAGAAAACCAACCAGAUGAAAGCUGCUCUUCUUCUCACAGGUGGUUUAGAUACAUGUGUGCGAAUUCAGCAUUUCUACAGAGACACGUCAGGUGUAUAGGUCAGUGUUGGAACAUCUCAGACAUGGUCUGAGGAUUUAAGCUCGCAAAUCGUACGGGAGUUUUCUUGCUAGCUUUAGCAUAUCUCAUGUCAGCUGCUGCUUUGAUGUGUUACAACUUGGUAUUUUCACUCUUAAAACGUUGGUAUAUUCCAAGUGUGGCUAGUUAUAGGUGUGUCCUUCUGCAGUCCAAAUGCUAAAAUACGAAUCUUUAAAACCAUGAAGGAGUUUUUGAAGAAGACCCACAGCCUCUUUCUGAAGAUCGCUCUGUUUCCUAGCACGUUAGGCAGGACAGGUCCGCGGCCAGCUGCUUCGGAGGUGUUAACCUGUCACCUGCAGCAGCGCAGACUUCCUCCGUGGACUUCAUACUGUGUCCGCUACAGCUCCGUCCACAAUGACCAGUUUGGAAUGUCAAACUUUAAUUGGAGAGUUCAGGGAUCCAACUACCACAUUCUGAGAACGGGAUGUUUCCCCUUUAUUAAAUAUCACUGCACUAAAGCGCCUCCUCAGAAUCUGGAUUUUGAAGACAGAUUUUUCACCAUGUUAAAAGUUAUUAAUCUGGGUAUCCCUUGUUUGGCCUAUGGCAUUGGCUGCUGGAUGGUGGUGGGAGCAUCAGAAACAGUACAGACGAGUGUCGGACCUGUUACAGUCUAUUUUGCCUACAAAGAGGAGGAAGGUGCACAGUACUGAAGUGAAGAGGAAACAAAGUAACUUGAAUGUGUUUUCAGGAGGAUAUUAUCUACCAAGCUGCUGUAUUUUUGAAACCAUUAAAGAGGAGCCUUUGUGUUUUUUUUUCUUUGCUUUUGGUCCUAUAUGCUAUUUUAAUUAUUGACGCUCCUGUUAUACAGAGUUUAAUAGUGAGGUCAUCUUACAUUCAAGCAAUCCCUGUGAAUGAAUGCUUUGAAGUCAGACUGCUCUGAACACUAAGUUGCAUUUUUGCUACUGUUGGCUUAGUUUGAUCUCAGGCACAUACCUGUGAGUGUGAGCAAAGAAGCCCUACCCACUGAUCAGAUCUGAGCAGCCAAUCAGAAGGGGAACCAGAGAGAAAACUGCUUAUUUCAGAUAGUAAAAAAAGUGUCCCAAGGCAGAGCAUAAGAAAAAUAUGGAUUUUUUAAAAUCAAUUUUUCAAAAUCCUGUCCUGUCAGGGAGCUUUGCAAUCAGAUUGUGAUAUGGAUUAUUUUUAAGCAUGAGUCAAGCAAGAAUAAAAACAUGGAGCUGGAAGUGAACAUAACAGGUCCCCUUUACCGUCAUGUCAGUAGUGCUCUAGCUGAGUGGCACAUCAUAUUGACUGGACGAGCAACCAACUUUGACAUGGGGUCAUUCUGCUCAAGUUUGCUUUUUUUUUUCAAGGAAAAAAAGCUAUGCACAAUUAUAACCAGACAAACAUU